GGAAGGUUGAACGAGAGCCCAGUAGUACGCUCAUCUCCCGCCCGCGCCACUACCUUCCCGCCGUUUUGUUUGUAAACAGUCUCUCGACCGAUCACAUGUCUUAUUUUCACGUGUGUGACUUUAGUAACUCUUAGUAGCUAUACAUAUAGUAGUGUGACUUUAGUGAAUCGGUGGUAAAUCAACUUGUCGUACUGUCUCUCCAACGCUAUUAUCAGAUUGGGAGGAAGUGGGAGAGUAACGGGUCGAUGGAGUGCGUUCCAGACCUGGCGUUCCUGCAGAUGGCAGCAGCGUCCAGCAGCGAGAUGCUAAACAAGAUGAUGUGGCACAGCUCGAGCAGCGGGGGUGGCAGCGGGGGGCACUCCACCACCAUGAAGCAGAGGAAGACCAACUUCACCUCUCGCGAAGUGGAAGCCCUCCUGGCCGCCGUGGCCAAUAGGAAGGACACCGUGCUCUUCGGCGUCGCGGGUGGUUUGGGGUGGGCGAGGGCCUGGCACGAGGUGGCCCAGCAGGUCAGUGCUGUUGAGGGCAUCCACAGAUCUGAGAGUGACGUCCGCAAGAAGUGGACCUACCUCAAGUGGGAGGCCAAGAACACCAGCAAGCCAGGCAGGGAUCCGACGUCCAGGGCGGUCCUCGACAUCCUCACCAGUCGGGAAUUGGAGGCGCCGUCUUCGAACUCCCUACUAGAGCAGUUACUCGUACCUCAAGGAAGUCCAAACUCAACAAGCCCUGUCCCGAUCGCACCAAAGAAGACUGCUCCACCUCCACCGCCUCAGCCCACCCAGCCGCCAGAAGUGUGUCUUAAAUGGAAUUCUUAUCAUUCUAAUAUGCAAGCUACAUUCCCCAGUCUCCUCAACAAUGAACAAUUUGUCGAUGUUACCUUGGCUUGUGAAGGAAGGUCUAUCAAGUGUCACAAGGUAAUGUUAUCUGCUUGCUCAUCCUACUUCGAAGAACUAUUAAGUCAAAACCCUUGUCAGCACCCAAUCGUCUUCAUGAGGGAUUUAAAAUUUUGGGAAGUCCAAGCACUGGUCGAAUUUAUGUACAGUGGAGAGGUUAAUGUUGCUCAAGAAAAACUUCCGUCUCUUCUUGCUGCUGCAGAAGCAUUACAAAUUAAAGGAUUAACCGGACCUUCUACGACAAGUUCAAACCAUGAUGACGACCCAACUGGUAGCGGUGAGACUGAUGAUGGACAUCCACAGCCACAGAAAAGAAUAAGAAAACGAAAAUCUGCUCAUCCUGUGGCCUAUCCAAUCCGAAUUCAGAAUACUCCGUCACCAUCUCCUUCUGGAAAUCAAAUACAAUCUCAGGCAAGUCCACAAACCCAGCAACAACAACAAUCUCUACAACAGCAACAGACUCCUCUUCAAGUACAAAAGAUUAAGGUUCCAAUCAUGUCUUCUAUCCCAGGUUCCAGCCACCAUCGUGAAGAACCAUCCUACCAUCCACCUGUUAGGAUAAAGCGGGAACAUAGUUCGACACCACCUCUUGCCUUGCUUAAAGAUGAACCUUUGGAUCUUGGUGUUGAUUCAAGUGAAAGAAAUAAAGAAGAUAAUAAUGGACAAAUGUAUAACUCAACUCUUCAGGAUACUAUUAACCGUCUACAUGGGAAGCAACUGUCGUUGAAUCAAGUUUUUGUCAAUUCAGGCUCUGGACUUGUUAAAAUGGAAAGUAAUGGAGGUUUGAGCGAGGACGAAGGUAGCGGCAGCGACCGCUCGCCGGUUCAGACAGAUCCCGGAGAAUCAGGAGAUGCAUGAAUCACCCACCGAAGCAGCACUGUCGCUUUACUAUGCAAAAGAUCUGAGCCAUACUUCUCUCAUAGUAUAAACUCUAAAACAAAACCUAAGUGCCGUUGCUAUUGAAGCAACCUAAAUAUUAUUCAAGUUGAAUCUGAUUUUUGACUUCUUGUGUUUUGAUCUCUUUGUAUAUUAUUGUUAUUGGGUUUAAUUUAAAUCUCCGCUCAAAUAUUAAUGAUUGUAUAUAGACUGUUAAUUUAAUUAUUCUACUAUUUUGCUACUUAUAUCUUAAUAAUUAUUAUUUUAUAAUGACAUAUUAUUACAAUCUAUGUUUAGUUAUUUAUUUACAAUGAUUACAUAUAUGCCCUUCUGAGACUUGGCGUAUUGCUACUUAAUAAUAUUUACGCCAGUGCUACAUUAGUUUUUAAGUUGUAUAUAACUGAUAAUGCACUUUUGUUCUUAAAGAGCAGUUUGUGAUACUCAAAAUAGUAUUACUUCAUUUUUUUUUUUUUUAACUUUUUUUCUCCAUUUUUUAGCUUAUAAAAACAAGUAUUUGAAAAGACCAAAGGUGACUUUUAUACAUUAAUUUUAAAAUUUGCUAAUACAUUUUUAGUAUUAGUUUUGAAUAUAAGUAUGUGACGAAUAAAGAGAGACUUUUACCCCUUAUUGUUAAUGUAUUAUAUCUAUAAGAAGUUUUUAUAUUUAUCAUUGUAUUGAAAUCCUAAAGAAGAAAGUAUAAAAUGUGGUUUUUAAAUUAGAUUAUUUUGCUUUAAGUAUACUUAGCUUAUAACACUUAUUUUAUUUUCAAGACAUAUUUACCUAAACUACUUGCUUGUGAUGAGCAGGAAAAAAAUAAUAAAUAGGAUUCCAUUUUCUAAUUAUAAAUAUAUUGGAAUCUGUGGCCUUAUAUAUUUGAUAGGAAUUGUGUGCAUAAACCAAAACUAUUUUCUUUUCAAAGUAGUUUUGUUAUUUGUUACUUUUAACAGUUAUAAUUUUUGUAUAUUUUGAAAAAAUAAAUCUAUAUAUAUAUAUGGUAAUAGUAAAGAUUUAUGUAAAACUGG